UGUUGUUUCAUUUGUCUUCUAAUUAUUACUUGAGCCAAGCAGUUCCUCACAUCCAACUUUGAGAACCACUGGCUUAGGUCGAGGGAGUGUCAGGUUUGAAAUUUCUGGAUGUGUUUCAGACCUUAACAUUUACCUCUGACUUCACCCAGAUGUCUCCUACUGGUUAGGCCUGUGCUAGUCCCUGUGGGACCUGUCUGGAGGCUGGGAGAUGACAUCCCCAGUGGUAAGGCCAACCUGGGCCAAGGUCUGUGCUUUGCAUCUGUUGGAUUCUUUCCCUCAGAGGCCUGCAGGCAGGCAGGUGCCAAGCCUGGAAUCUAGAUUCUGUCCUCUGGCUGGGCUGCUUAAGAUCAGGAAUCUUAGUAGGAAUUUUGUGGGAAGAAGAUGGUGCCAGGCCCACCUUCCUCUGGCUGGGGACUAGGAGUCUCCCUUUUUCCCAAGCACCCCUUUCUCCUUCUUAGGAAGAACACCACCCCCCCCAGCCUCAGGCGUGUGUCCAUUCAUUUAGAAGCAAACAUCUCAGUUCACCUUCCUGUGGAAAAAUCCACCCUAGGGCUUUAUCUGGAGAUGGGGUGGCCCAGGCCUCUUGGCUGUGGGUGGGUCCUUCCCCGGCUCUGCUAUUUCAGGCUUGGAGGGGCUGCAGGAAGUUCUAGGAGGGGGCUUCCCUUGGGUGUAUUUUUAGAGGAACAAAAGGGGGUACAAUGGACUUGUCCCAUUGUAGAUGGUUCAAACCUGGGAACAAGGACUUCAGGAGGCAGAGGAAUCCAAGGGACACCCUUAGCCUGGAAGAGAAAGGGGAGUGGCAUAAGACCUCUCCACACCAGGUUUAGAGACAGCCUGCCUCAUGAGCCUCUGGAGCUGGUGUAGGUGCUGCAGAGGGUUCCCCUGACUCUGUGGUGUUGAGCGCUGAUGGGGGUACUGGUGCCUGGACAGACCAGUGAGGCCUAUACGUAUGCCUCUGCUCUGUUGCAGGGUGGGUGCCCACUGAGCACCUCCACGGGAGGCUGGGGCCUUUUCCUCCCCCUGAUCUUGUGUUCUCUGUCCCAGCCUGCCUGACAGGGGAGGUGGGACGAGGGAGAACACUGAUAUGUCUGCCCCUCCCUUUGGGGGUGGGAAGGCCUAGUCAGUGGUGACUCAGUCCCAGGCCAUUCAGGGCUGGGGGUGGCUGCAGCUGCAGCCAGCUGAUUCUAGCACUGAUGACAGGGACAGCCCCCAAACAGAGACCCAGCAGCUAGCAGUGCCAGGGACAGGGAGGUAGUGGUGGACCUUGCCCUUCCACCCUUGGGUCCUACCAUGUCUGCACCUCCUGGGGGACAUGGUGGACUGAGUUAUGGCUGACACAAGUCUGCAGGUGUCGGGUUCAUGGGAUAGAAUGGUCUGAGCAAAGUGAUAGCAUGACCGCUUUGGGGGCUCCCCCAGGUCCUGCUGUUCCUCUUCUCCCUUCCCCCAUCCACUGUCUUCUGUUCUCCAGCCAAGGUCCCCUCCCUUGACUCCCUGUCUCCACUGCCCUGGGUCCUGGAGCAGGGCAGGGCCUCCAGCAGCUUCCUUCCUUCCUUUCUUGGGACGGAAACCAAGCUGGGUGGGGGGGACGCCGGACAGGGGAGGGGGUUCAGUAACCACCCUGCUACCCAAAAUGAGUCAGUGCCUAUGUCCCCACCCAUCCCCAGGGAACCUGGGCCACAGUGGGAGGUAGAUAAGUGGGGUGACAGUCUCAGCUGGUCCAAGAAAUCUGGCCACCUGCUGCCAGCGCUCCUAGCCCCUUCUCAUGGCUCGCUCCAGGACUAGCAUGCUGCCUGCCUCAGCCCCAGGAGCCCCUCCUGUGAACACUCAACUGGGGCUUGCUCAGGAUGUCAAUGGGCCCCCAAGAGAGCUGCGUCCCCGGCUCUGCCACUUGCGAAGGGGACCCCAGGGCUACGGGUUCAACCUGCAUAGUGACAAGUCCCGGCCUGGCCAGUACAUCCGCUCUGUGGACCCUGGCUCUCCUGCUUCUCACUCUGGCCUCCGUGCCCAGGAUCGGCUCAUUGAGGUGAAUGGGCAGAAUGUGGAGGGGCUGCGGCAUGCCGAGGUUGUUGCCAGAAUCAAGGCACAGGAGGACGAGGCCCGGCUGCUGGUAGUCGAUCCUGAGACUGAUGGAUACUUCAAGCGGUUGAGGGUCGUACCCACUGAGGAACAUCUAGAAGGUCCACUGCCAUCACCAGUCACGAACGGGACCAGUCCUGCCCAGCUCAAUGGUGGCUCUGUGUGCUCAUCCCGAAGUGACCUGCCAGGCUCAGAGAAGGACAAUGAGGAUGGCAGUACCUGGAAGCGAGACCCCUUCCAGGAAAGUGGCCUCCACCUGAGUCCCACAGCAGCCGAGGCCAAGGAGAAGGCUCGAGCUACUCGGGUCAACAAACGGGCACCACAGAUGGACUGGAACCGGAAGCGAGAGAUCUUCAGCAACUUCUGAGCCCCUCUCUGCCUGUCCAGGGGUUCCAGGGUCUCUUCCUGCUCGGACCUCGGGCCUCUCCAGAGCUUCCCAAGCCUCAGCAGACUGGAGGGUGGUAUCACACCACCCAGAAACCAACCCAUGACCCCAUGAACCCUUGUCUUGUCCACUGGGUGCUGCGGUGGUCAUAGCACGAUCAGAGAGGAGAGAAACCCAGAGAAGAGAGAGACAGAGAUAGACAGCCAGCCAAGAUAGACACGGAGACAGAAACAGUGAGAGAGGGGGGAGCUGUGCGUGGUGGUCUGCCAAGGGCCUCUGCCAUCCUGCCUCAGGCCUGCUGACGGAAAGGAAUUCAUGUUUUCGCUUUUUUUCCUAAACAGUCUCCAGCUCCACAUGUUUCUAGUUAAUAGUGGAGCCCCCUCCCCCAACCCCUUGGGACUCACUCUAAAUAAUUGCAAUAAAACAAAACCUUUCUCUGCAAACCCUUUCUUACCCACCCUGUCAGCAGCGCCUUCCUGAGCAGAGACCAGGGAACAGGCAGUCAGGGACCUCAGGGCCAGCUGUGCCUGGAGGAGCUGUCCCUCUGUCCCAUCCCUCACAUGGGAUGGUCCCUAGGCCAGGCCUCUCUUCUCUGCCUAGCUACCCCUGUGCUACCUCCCACAUGCUGGGUUCUGGAAUGCAGAGCCUAGGCUCUCUGAGGGGCCAGAGGAUGGGUGUUCCAUGACUUCGUAAGAGGGCAGCCUCCGGACAAGCCCCUUAUCCUGCUCUGCAGCUCCAGGGCCUGGAAUCGUGGGUCUGUGUGAGCCAUUCCCAGGUAUGAUCCUGGGCUCCUGGGCCUGUCCCCUGCCUUAUGCCUACCUGGCUCCUACCCUCCACCCUCGACUCCCCAAACUCACUCACUGGCACUGCAGUCUGCCUCAUAAGCCAUAGCGCACGCGCGCCCUCAAAUUAAACAGGCCUUGCCUUGAA